AUGAACUGGCUCGGCUCGCCCUUCCAUGACCUUCUCGCCCCGACGUGUACGCCAGGAGCGACCCUCAACGCAAACCGCGGGCAGCGUCAAGGCCGAAUGGUUACGAGCCCCCGCAGUGGGGCUGCUAACGACGUUGGCUCCACUGGUUUUGGUGUAAUCGGCACAGGUGUUGGCGUCAAUAUCACCGCCAGUGCGCAAGCUGUGGCUGCGGCGUGA